UUCAUUUCUAGAAAUUAGAAAUCCUUUCAAUGGAUGAGCAUACGGAUUUUUAUCAUCUCUAUUGGACGACAUCAGAGAUACAGUAAACUAGCUAUUACUUUGAGGAUCUUUCCUUCCUAGCACACAAGGAGCACAAAUACUUAGCUCUGUAGUCGAUAUAUUUUGUGUUUGUUCCGAUAUUAUCUAGCAUUCUUGGCCAUUCUGCGAUAAUUUUUUUGCUUUUGUUGUUUCACUUAAAGUAGUGCUUGACCGCACAUCUUGACCAUAUACUACAUCGAAAACAGUAAAUUCUCAACAUGCUACAUAUCUAUUUCUAUUAAAAAUUUCUUGAUACUUUGACAAUACUCUGUCAGACGCUGCACUAACUGAGACAAAUUAUCAAGAAGGACCUCUGCUGUUUGAUCUAGCUGUACGACAUCUUCACUUGAGAUAUCUUUCUUGGGGAAGUCCCUUCAACGAUCUUCAUAGACUCAUUGACACUUUCAGGUCAAGUCUUCUUUCUUUUUAUGCAAGGAGAAGUGCCUCUUGAUGGAUUUCUUUUUGUUAAGACGAAUUGAUUUACUCGCUGUUCGUGGAUAUGAUUUUAUGUCUUUUGUCUAAUCGUCGUAGUAUCUUACGCGUUUAUAAAUUCAUUGAAAACGGAAUUAACGGCAAAUCAACGAUGGACAAGAGUCAACUAGAUGAUAACUUCAUAGAGGCCGGUCAUGAUCAACCAGAACAACAUCACGAUGACUACGACCCCGAUCAUUUAUCCAAAAACUUGAAAGCUAACUGGAUUAUGGUCGUCAUUCUUAUUGUGGCAGAAACAGAAUCUUCAGGACCGCUUUCUCUAGCUACUGCAGUUCAAUCUUUAGGAUAUAUACCUGGAACAGUGGUACUGGUACUUCUGGGCAUUGUCGCCGGGUAUACUGGAGUCUUGAUUGCAGAAAUUUGGGAGAAACAUCCUCAUGUAAGGAACUAUGACGAAGUCAUUGAAAUUUUCUUUGGUCGCAUUGGCAAAGAGAUAGCCUUAUGGUGUCAAAUAAUGUUACUCUGGUUCUUCAUAGCUUCCUGCAUUAUGCCAGCUGCCCAAGCAUUCUACGUAACAGCAAAUCAAUCUGUUUGUUACGUGGUUUGGAUGAUAGUAGUUACGAUAGUAGGAAUUCUCAUAUCUCUACCAAGAACUUUAAAAGGAGUAGCCUAUAUAUCAAUAUUUGCAGUAAUAUUCUUCCUUGUUCCAGCAAUAAUGACAAUAACUGGAGUAGCCUCUCAAAAUGUGCCUCUUGCGGGUUUACCAUUGAAUACUUCUCCAGAUGCUACAAUAACGUACCCUAAUUCAAUAUACAAUAUUUUUGUUUCCAUCAAUGAUAUUAUCUUUGCUUAUGCUGGCCAUUUACUUUUCUUCAACCUUAUCUUAGAAAUGGGAAAUCCUAGGGAGUUCAAAAAAGCUGUUAUUUUGGGCUUUGUCAUCAAUACUAUCGACUAUACAGUGAUUGGAAUAUGUAUCUACGCGUAUACUGGAAUUUACUCUCAAAGUCCCUAUUUUCUAAAUCUUUCCACGAUGUCUGUUCAAAAGGCAGCUUUCUUACUCUCUGUCAUUAAUCUUUUAAUUGCAAGUAUGAAUUAUGCACAUCUUGCCAGCAAAAAUGUGUUGAGAAGAUUCCCCUCGUUGAAAGGAAUUGCUUACAAACCUGGUUGGAAGCAUUGGAUAGGUUGGGUACUCAUUGUCUCUGUCAUGUGGAUUGUUCCUUGGAUAGGGGCAGAACUUAUUCCAGUAUUUAAUGAUUUGAUUGGUAUUGGUGGCGCACUUUUUGCAUCUCAAUUCACCUAUGGAUUGCCUUGCUUGUUGUGGAUAUUGGAUCACAGAAUGGAAAUUCGAAGAGGCAAAUAUUUGUGGAAGUUUUGUCUCUUGAUAUCCAUUUAUUUGUUGUCCUUGUUGAGUCUUGGGGUUGGAGUCUAUUCUUCUAUUGACAACAUAGUACAGUUACGAAACGCAAACCAGAUACCAGCACCUUUCAGUUGUUCUACAGUAUCUUGAUAAAAUGUUUUAAAGUGGCUCAAGAACUUGUUCUUUGAUGCAUUUUUUCGCAACAGUGAGUUGUCAAGAUCAGUUGUAAGAUAAAGUAUCCGCAAUAUCGAAAUAUUCGAGAGAUAAUCAAUGCUAAAGAGCACUUUCACAGCCUUAGAUUUGAAGCACAAUAAAGAACCAGUCUAGUUGUUGUUCACUGUGAAAACAUGCCCCAAGGACUCAAAAUUUUAUAUAGGAUCGAAAGGAGAAUACAACCUCCGAUUUCUUUCUUCAUUCGUCAAGCCUACAAAUAUUGAACGAGUCAGUCAACGAAGAAUAAUUCAGAAUAAAACUCAUUGAGUCAAGUGAGUGGACAAAGAUGCAGUGAUAUAAAGUUUUGAAUUGAAGA